ACACAUGCACCAUCACACACAUUCGCCAACACACUCUGAACUUUUAGCACGUACUGGAGCGGACGUCCUGACCAGAUACGAGCGCUGGCUGUUGGACUGUGGAGCAGCUCUCUGCAGGCUGAAUACUCAGGAGAGGACACUGUUGCUACAACCACAGCAGAAAACGUGCAUUUAAAUCAAGAUGGAAACUACUCAGGAACGCAAGCCAAAAAGGCCCCACUACAUUCCCCGACCGCCAGGCAAGCCCUUCAAGUACCAGUGUUUCCAGUGUCCUUUCACCUGCAACGAAAAGUCUCAUCUCUUCAACCACAUGAAAUACAACUUGUGUAAAAACUCCAUCUCCCUGGUGUCACAGAAAAACGGGCAAGCAGCCCGACAGUUCAAGGCUGUAGCAAAGGGAGUCCCCGUCAAAUCUAAGGACUGUUCAAGCCCCCUGCCAGCUGUUCAGAACAACAGUACUGAGACACAGGGAGCGGAGGAGAACAAAGCUGAGAGCCAGGAUGACAUGGAGGAAGUAGACGUUGGGUGUGACAGUCCAGUCACUAAGGACAGCCAGAGUGUGACAAAAUCAAAUACAGUAACAGAGCCAGAGAACAGGGAGAGCAAUAAAGCCAAGUCUCUGCCGCGCCCAUCUGCCUUUUCUCCUGUCACACCCAAAUGUGACGGAGCAGAAGCCUUUAAGUCACCUGUGCAGCAGUCAGAGGAUUCGCAAGCUCCUGUUCCCACUUUCAACCACCCAGGCUUUCCAUGGGGCACGAUUUCAUCAUCCAUUCCCUUAAAACCAUUCCCCCCUCCCAUUAUUCCUGAUUACUCUCCUUACCUGCCAGACCGGCCCUUGUAUCCGCCAUACUACCUCCCAGGAAACCACCAUGCGACCGAGCCAACCUCUCCUUCUUUCCGGCCAGAGUUUCUGGAUCCCCAGAGGCCUGUGGCACCACAACCCAUUGGCCCACCUCACAGUUCCCUGUUUCCACCAUACCCAUACAGAUACUGCCACCCUCUCCACCCAGGCCCCCCUCUGCAUUAUACCCUGUACAGACCCCAUGAACUCUCCCUGCCAAUUACAGGACCCAGAUAUCUUCCUUUGGAUUUGUAUGGCCCGACCUUUGGGCAUAAGGAUUAUGACUUAUACAUGCAUUCACGUCCCAGUCACAACAGCCUCAACACAUCUAACCAAGAGGAGAGCAGUCACAGGCAAAGUGGAGACAAGGAAAUCAGGCUAAGCCCUAAAGAGGGCUGUUCAGCCUUGGGGUCCCCUGAUAGACCCAAUCAUGCACACAUCAUCCAGAGAGAGACAGAGGCUGCUCCACACUACACCAACAUGGCCGAGUCACAGACAACCGCCCAGCUGGGACACACAGCGACAGCCAUCAAAACUGACUUGCGUCAAGAGGAGUCUGCAGAAAGCUUGCUGCAAUUAAGUGCUCAGCAUGUGGACAGAGGAUCAGCUGAGAGCAGCAGAUAUUCCUCUAUGUCUGUUUCUGAGCCAUGUCCUGAAACUACAUCAGAACAAGAUGGUGAGGACAGCAGAGAAGAUCUGGCCCCACUCAACCUGUCAACAAGGAACCCAGACAAAGAAAAAAGUCCAUCUGACCACAGACUGAGCUGCUCAGACACAGAGCAGUUAAAGCGGGAAGAGUUGCCUUUGAACCUCAGCCUGCGGGCGUCUUGCAGCAGCCCUGUACACAUCUCUGCUCUGAGCACUUCAGAAGAUCUUCUGCAGAGGUCAGACGAUGAGCUGGAUGAAGAGCCAUGUGACCAGAGGCAGAGUGCAGCACUGGCACUCUGUCAGCUAGCCAUUGCAAGCUCUGCUGCCUCUUCACAUGACUUCAGCACUGCAGAUGGGCCCUCGGAAGAUUAUACAGAUGGAAGACAUCCUGGCUCGCCAAAGAAAACCAAGCACACAAGCAAGGCUAAGGCAACGGGCAUGAAAAGAGCAAACAGUGGCCAGGCUGAAAACAACUGCCAUAAACCAAACAAGAGAGCAAAAGCACCAGGCCGGCCUCUGAGGAGGAGGCCUCGUUGCCGCUAACAGCUAAACCCUGACUGUUAUACUAUUUGGUAAUAAGACAGAAUAUCUUGAACCUUCAUCACUGCAAGCCCCCACAUGAAAAGAUCAACUUAUUAAACAUUAAUGUUAAAAUGUUAACUAAGCACUGAACGAUCUGAUUAUUCUAGCAGGAGCAGAUAUGAUGUCUAUAGCACUGCCACAAGGUCAAUGCAGAGACUUGUUGUCGCAGGUAUGUGUUUAUUAUGUCUUGAUUGAAAAGUUUGAAAGAAAAUUUUUAUAAGGGUUCUUAAUAUUUAAAUCUGGACAUUUUUGUAAUGUAGAAAGUUGAAAAUGGAAGAUAUAUAUAAAAUGUAAAUAUGUUGAAUAAAUAAAUAACAAA